CAUUCGGCUUAAGGAUGGAUCUCUUGUCAUUCUAGGGCUUCUUCUUUUUUCGUCUUCUCUUUUCAUCUUUACUUGGUAAACGAACCAGAGUUACAGACACUAGAGAUUGAAGUAUUUCUCUCCGUUCUUCUCAUUUUGGUUGGAUCAACGCUGUGAAAAAAAGUGGUACCGAUCGUUGCUUUUCCUGUUAUUUGAUUGCUUCAGGUUGUUCUCUUUGAAGCUCUUGAUACUUUCUUCUGUUGGCGAAGAGAGUCUAUUAAUCGUGAAGGACCUGCUAUUGCCAAUGGAUACAUCUGUUCUAUGUGGUGUCAUUGAUCCGGAACAAAUUAGUACCCAUGACUCGAAGCAGUCAGAUGUAAAUCAUAAGCAGUUCUAUCAGAAAAAAGAUUUAAAUUAUAAGCAAAGUACUUCAUCCAAUGGAGAUGAUUCUGUGGCAGAUCUUGGGGAUGCGAUUACUGGGAUCUUAGGUUUGCAAGAAGUUUGUGAAUCAUUGCCAGGACAAUUUGAACCAUUAGACAGGGUUGAAAUAUGCCAUUCGGAGGCUGAUGUGUGCAGAGAAUUGAUAAUUGAUCUGGCUGAAUCUGUGACUGGAACAAUUCAGAAAGGCUUGACAAAGGCUGCAACAUUUCCAUGCUCUAAGAAGGAUGCAUCAGUUGAUGAGAAAACAGAGACGUCUGACUCGAGGUCGGCCUGUAUGCGAUCCGUAUCUCUUCCUACCCCUUUGAAGCUUGUGUCUGCCAUGAAAGGUAGCCGUGAGAAACAGGGAGCACCUCUGAGGAAGCUAACAGUGACAUGGGCUCCUGAUGUGUAUGACCCACCUGCUACAUUGCUAUCACACACCGUGAAAAGCCACAACCAGCAGCGCAGGAGGACCAACAAAAAGAAUGGCAAGCACAAGCAGAAAGGCAAAUCUUCACGGGGGAGCACCAGUGACAAGAAGCAAUCUAGAACUGUUGCUAAUUCAGACCUGCGUUCAAAAUCAAUGGCCAGCGGUGGUAGGCUGCAUUUUGGUGGUUUUAAUCAGUCAACUGUGGAGCUGGUGGACAUUGUUCCCGGCCAAGAGUCGAAGUGUGGGAGUAGCUUCCUGAGGACCUCGGUGGCGAAGGUGCAUGUCUCAGUUGCGGAGGCUACAUAAAAAGAUACCCCUCGGGUC